UAAAAAGUGAGCUCCGCGGACGCACGACAACACACCAACUGAAGUGGAAAGCGGCUCCUGUUCUGCUCCGCGCUUCAUUUCGGACGUCGCCUUUUUAAAAAAAAAAAAAAAAAAAGAAAGAAGAAGAAGGAGAAGAAGAAGGAAAGUGCUCUGGCUUCAGACUCCAAGCAGGACAGAAUUAAAACCAACGAAGGAGAGUCUAAAAGACCAUCGUCCGCUUUUGGGUUUGGGGUCCUUUCCCACCCCCUCCUCUUUAUGCCAGGGAAGUGUUGUCAAACUUUCUAACCAUAAGUGGAGAAAAAAAAAUUCUUUGUCUUUGCCACUUCGAAGACUGAAUCCAGGCAAACUAAUGACGGCAGAGGUCCAGCAGCCCCCAGCGCAGCCUCCUGCCCAGAGCAGCCCGAUGUCCGCGCCGGAGAAACCGCACGGACAGACGGUGGUGAUGGAAACCGCGUCCUCCACCACGAAAACCAAAAAGACGAACGCAGGGAUCCGGCGACCAGAGAAGCCCCCUUACUCGUACAUAGCCUUGAUAGUCAUGGCCAUCCAGAGCUCCCCGACCAAGCGGCUGACGCUCAGUGAGAUCUACCAGUUCCUGCAGAGCCGGUUUCCGUUCUUCAGGGGCUCGUAUCAGGGAUGGAAGAACUCCGUGCGUCACAACUUGUCUCUGAACGAGUGCUUCAUUAAACUGCCCAAGGGCCUGGGCCGACCGGGGAAGGGCCACUACUGGACUAUCGACCCGGCCAGCGAAUUCAUGUUCGAGGAGGGCUCCUUCAGAAGGAGACCCAGAGGCUUCAGGCGCAAAUGCCAGGCGCUGAAGCCCAUGUACAGCAUGAUGAACGGCCUGGGAUUCAACCACAUUCCCGAGGCGUACAACUACCAGGGGAGCGGCGGGGGCCUGUCCUGUCCGCCCAACAGCCUGUCUCUGGAAAGCGGGAUCGGGAUGAUGAAUGGACACUUGGCAGGUAACAUGGAUGGGAUGGGUCUGUCCGGCCACUCCAUGUCUCACUUGUCGAGCAACAGUGGACAUUCCUACAUGGGAAGUUGCACGGCGUCCACUGGGAGCGAUUACCCCCACCACGACAAUUCCGCCUCCCCGCUGCUGACCGGCGGGGGAGUCAUGGAGCCUCACCCCGUCUACUCGAGCUCGGCUUCGGCGUGGGCCUCGGCCCCGCCGGCGUCGCUCAACAACGGGGCGUCGUACAUCAAGCAGCAGCCGCUGUCUCCGUGCAACCCGGGGGCGAACAGCCUGCAGCCGAGCUUGCCCACACACUCACUGGACCAGUCGUACCUCCACCAGAACGGACACAGCACCACAGAUUUACAAGGUAUUCCUCGGUACCACUCCCAGUCUCCCAGCAUGUGCGACCGGAAGGAGUUCGUGUUCUCCUUCAACGCCAUGACCUCCUCCGCCAUGCAUUCACCGGGAAACAGCUCCUACUACCACCACCAGCAGGUCUCCUACCAGGACAUCAAGCCGUGCGUGAUGUGAACCCCGCCGGGACACGCUGCACACCGCAUGGACGGUGUGUGGGUGCGUGUGCGUGGGUGUGUGUGUGUUUGUGUGUGUGUGUGAGUCACUCGGACUGGAGCCAUGCAGACAGCAGCACGGGAACAGAGAAUUAGAACAAUAAAACAACAACAAAAUCACCACUGAGAGACUUUUGAGCUCCUUGCUCCCUGCAGACCGGACUAAUUCCCUUUGUUGUUGGACACCAGACGACUGAAGCCACACAAAAAUAAAAUAAUAAUAAUAUAUAAUAAAACAAACAAUUCCAUACCUUCAAAGUGGCAUAACAAAGAGAGAAAGAGAGAGAGAGAGAAAAAAAAACUUACUGUUUGGUACUUAGUCCUGCGGAGCGGAUGACCUCUCACCUCUCACAUGUUUAAUCAUUUUGUAAAAAAAAAAAAAAAUAUGCACACCUUCGUUUUUUUUAUUUAUUAUUAUUUUUUUUUAAUUUCUAAUUUUUAUGUUGUUGACAAAUUAGCUGGAACAAAAUACCCGGCGUUGAUUUCUGAAUAAAUAAUUAUGGACAUUACAUAGGCCUAUAUACUGUACGUCCAUACUGUAUACUGUGUAAAAAAAAAAACAAACAAAAAAAACAAAAAACAAAAAAAAAACCAACAAAAAAAAAAAAACAUGGCACUUUUUGAAUAGCCUAUAAGCGCAACUUUUUAUUUAUUCUCUAGGCCUGUAUUUUCAGUUUCAGGCGAACUGGCCAAGGAGUUCCGUGCUUUAUUGGCAAUAUUUGUCAAGAUGCGUGUUAUUUGUUAAAAAAAAAAUGAAA